GGGAUUACCUAAAAGCGGGCCAUAACAUCUCUCAGUUUUCUCUUUAUGCUGAGGAAGCGGUGUCGGAUGUCGCGUCGCAAUUGGUCGGUGAGACAAGAAAAGGAAGUAGAAGUCACCGAGAUAACUUUAUAGUAGAAGUUUUCUUAUUUCAAUUUGGCGCCAAUCGCGCGAUUAUUCUGAGGAUUGUGAUUUAACCUAACUUAACUUAACUUGUAAUUCUGUUGCGUUUAAACGUGAAAGAAGUAGAAGAAGGUUUUAGUCGUUCUCUUGACUGCGUAAUCUGAAGAAAAUGCCGAAAAACAAAGGCAGGAAUGCGUUCUUCUUCUUUAUGGUUGACUGGAAAAAGCGUGCCGAAGCGCAGGGUUGUGCAUUUCCGAAUGGAUUCAAAGAUGUUCAAGCAGAUCCAGAAUGUAACGAAGAGUGGCAAAGUUUAACUAAACAAGAGAAAGGUCCAUAUGAAGCUAUGGCAAAACAAGAUAAAGUUGCAGCACAAAUAAAAAGUAAAGAUAAGAAAACGAGCUAUGGAGAAUCAAUAAGUAUGAUUGAACGAAAAGAAAAGGAAAAGUUGCAAGCCAUUAAAAAUAUGAAAGAGAAUAUAAAAUUUACUAUUGACACAGCUAUAAAUCUUAAUAUUUUGCCACAAUCGAAAUUUUGCUUUAUGCACGUUAACUCUUUUUUUGAAAUGAUUGUUAACAACAAUCUUGAAUAUUUCCCAGCUGAAUAUGCAUUAGGAAUUUUUUCACUUGAAAACGGUAUAGAAGAUGUACAUCAUAUAAUUGUCAGUGCUAAUAUUCCAUUAGGAUAUAAACGGGAAGCACUUGAAACAAGUCAAACCUCUCAUAAUAUACCUAUAGAAUAUCAAGGUGGAGAAACUGAUUUUGCUAUUAUGUAUAUGAAAUUGAUUAAUUUUUUAGAACCUAGGAAGAUUGUAAACAAAUAUCCGCCUAUUUACACAACAAAAGAUUGUAAAAGAAUAGUGCAAUCUGUGAUAGCAAAACUGAGUGAUGCAGCACAACAAGAUAAAGAUCAGUUUCAGAUUUAUGAAUUAGAAACAUUGUUUAUAUAUUUGGCAAAUGAAGCUUACAAGAAAAGGGAAGAUCGGGAAAUAGAGUUUAUUAAUGCUUAUGCUGGACACAUCUUUACACGUUAUACCUAUAUUUUUGAAAAAGGCUUUGAAUGUUCCUUUCAUAAAUUUGUCGAUGGAGGUUGCGAGUGGUGCAGUAAAGCCAGGCUACAGCACUGGGCAUGGACAUUGUGUGAUGAAUUUUGUGUCCCAUUAGGAGUGAAUAUUCGUCCAGGAAUACAUUAUCCUGAAAAAUCUGAUGUCUCUGAUUUGACACAUUCAGUCAACAAUUUGAUCAUUAGUAAUGCUGGCCAAUCUGUACCGGAAUAUAAUACUGUAUUAUCUAUGACAGGUGUAAGUGAACAUCAUAGGUUGAAAGUAUCUAGUAGGACAUAUCAAGAAGAAAUUCGUCGUCGAAAUGAAUCGAAACCAGUGGAAGUUAUAGAUUACAGCAAAUUGGAUAAAUCUAUUGAUGAAUCUAUUAAUGAAUCUAUUAAUGAAUCUGUUGACAAACCUAUUGAUAAAUCUAUUGAUAAACCUGAUAAGUCUGUCGACAAGUCUAUUAAUGAAUGGAAGAAGAAACAUGUGCCAAAUUAUUUGGGUGAAAAACCAUUGCGACCUCCAAAUAUCGAAAAUUCAUAUGUUAUUGGUGCUUCUUCCCUGGAAGACUUUAUUUCAAUGGAUGACGAACGGAGUUUUCCUCCUAUUGGUGGAAGAGGUGUGCCAUGCAAAUCUCGAACAACAAUAAAGAAGCCACCUUUAGGCAAAGGGCAAGGAUAUGCAUAAGACAGAUUGUUGACCAGUUGUGUGAAACCAGUUCUUUUGGCCAAUUAUAUAAAUAAAUAUUAAGAAAAUAUAUCAAUCAUAUGAAUUUUUUUUAAAUAAACCAAAGAAAUGAUAAUAAGAAGAAAAAAGUAUUUUAAUCAUAAAUAGACAAUUUUGUUUACAUUAUAAACUUUAUGC